AUGCCUCGCUCGGAGGCCCAGAAGGCAGGCCUCCUGCUGGAGGGAGCAGGCGGCAUGAUGCUGAUGCUCAACGUGACCCGACGGCUGUGGCAGCUCCCACAGCUGCCCGAAUAUCUCGGCCUCCGGGACGCGAACCUGUGGCUGCAGGACGACAAGCUGCAGCUGCGCGGGCUCUGCGGCUUCCUGGACGCCGCCGACCGGCACAAGGCGGGCAGCGCGCGACCUGUGGCGGCGCUGUGGGCGCCACGUUGCCUGUGCCUGCGGCACGAGGUGGCCCCGCGAGGCUCCGAAGCUGCGGGAACUCGAGGCGCGCGGGGAGGCACUUCUGGGCGGGAACCUGGAGCUCACGGAGCCCUGCUGCUGCUGCUGCUGCUGCCGCUGGACCAGGAGAAGCGGGGACGCGGGCGGCGGCACCGGCUGCCACAGAUCGAAGGACUGCGGGCCGGCUUGAGCGGACCGUAG